AUGAGACGGACGGUUCGACCGCUUGGAUCCUCGACUGGGUUCGCCUUGUCUCUCGUCGGUGGUCCUGUCGGGGGUCGUCUGUCGUCGGUUCGGGACAGACUCGGGGCGAAGAGGAAGAGAGAGGAAGAGAGAGGAAGAGAGAAGAGAGAAGAGAAGAGAGAGCCAGAGAUGAAGGAGAAGAAGAGAAGAAGAAGCUGGACGAGGGCGAAGGAGGAGGAAGAAGAAGAAGAAGAGCGAAGAGAGAGAGAGAGAGAAGGAAGAAAGAAGGUUGAACGAGCGAAAAAGCGACGCCAGAAGAAGAAGAAGCGCAGGAGAAAGAAAAAAAAAAGAGGACGCCAAGCCAGGAAAGGGAAGGGAGAAGGCGUAAAGACGUUACGGGACGGCAGAAAGGGCAAAGAAGAGGGCGAGAAGAGGGCGAGAAGAGGGCGAGAAGAUGGCUGCAGGCGGCGGGCGAUACGAGGUGGUUACGACAGUGAUACGCUGAUGAUACACGACGAUACACGACGAUACAGCGAUACCGACGAUACAGACGCCACAGAAGAAGAGAAGAAGAAGAAGAAGAAGUAA